UACGGUGGCGUCCCUCGGAGCCGCGCGGCAGCUGCAGAGGUGAUCUGAAGCAUGGAGAAGAUACCUGGCCUGGGCCUGGGCAUCUGGAAGCUCUGGUGCACCUGCCAUAAGAAGUCUCUGGUGAAAGUGGCCUGCACCAGGAGUCUGAAGGCCUUGAAGCUGGAGUACUUGGACCUCUACCUCAUACACUGGCCCAUGGGCUUCAAGUUCUCACAAUCUGGAGAGAUAGACUUGCCCGUGGACCACAGUGGCAUGAUCAUCCCCAGCGACAGGACUUCCUGGACCCGUGGGAGAUCACCAGUGGGGCCGGCCCAGCCCAGAGGCCGCGUGGCUUUUUCUCCCCCUUCGGCCAUGGAGGACCUGGUGACCCCAGGCCUGGUGAGAGCCAUCGGGGUGUCAAACUUCAACCACGAGCAGCUCGAGAGACUUCUGAAUAAACCCAGCUCGAGGUUCAAGCCAGUGACCAACCAGAUCGACUGCCACCCAUACCUGACUCAGAAGAACCUGAUCAGUUUUUGCCAAUGGAGAAAUGUGUCCAUGACUGCUUACCGGCCCCUCGGGAGCUCCAGUGAAGGGGAUGCACCUGAUGGAAGACCCUGUGAUCCAGAUGAUCUCUCAGAAGCACAAGAAGUCUGCAGCUCAGAGGAGAAAAGUGAGACUCAAAGUUUAAGGACCGGUCCUUUGUCAUACAACUACAUACUCUAAAGACAAGAUGGACAGCAAACUUUCUGACUUCCAGUCUAGAGACUUGUCCACUAGCCUCUCUUAUGUCCAAGCACUUAAAUUAUGUUUCAAUCAAAAUACGGUAACAAAGACCAAGAACUGAGACCUUGCCCUAUAAGAUUGUGGCUUAUUCCUACAAAUGAUAUUAUAUUUUCUAUUCAAGAUAAGUUUCCAAGCAGUAACAACAGUACAAGGCAAAACACAGGUGGAGUAUUUCUCACCCGGCAUUCAGCAGGCUACCCCAUAGAUGCCCAGCAAUUCUCUCCUAUCAUUUUCCCAGCACCUCAUCUUCAGGACCUUUUACAUCAACUAUUUCUCUGGGUUAUGUCUUCCUGGAAGGAGGAAAGGAAUCUUGAAUUGAUGAAAUAUACAGAGAAACACUCCCAUUACAAACAAUCUCUAAGCAAGGCAACUGACAGUGUCCUUGACAGCUGAGUCUUACCUCUUCUGCCAAGCUGGGAAAGAGAUGCAAACUGGAGGGAAACCCAGAAUAAUCGGUAGGUGACUGUAUGAUCAGCCCUGAUGUGGAGUGAAGACUGAAUACUUUCUCCCCUUUCAUAGAGGAUGGUUCUAGCCUGGUUAGUAGAACAAAAUGGGCCUCCCAGAGUCACACAGGAACUCAAUGACUUGACAACCCACAUUGGUUUCCACUCAUAUUAAGUCUAUUUUCUUUUGAAUCCUCAACCCCAAACUACUAUUGUUACCUCCUCAGGUGCAUAGGUGUCAAAUUCCAUACAGGAAUGACAUGACCAUCAUUAAGUUCCAAACACUGGCAUUUGGACCCAUUACCAGUUGCUCCUCUGACUAAGCAGACACUGAUUUUUUCUUCUGCCC